AUGUCAACCGAAGCCGAACGUAAGCGCGAAGAGGCCGCUGCGCGCCGCCACGCGCGGCUCGACAAUGCCGGUGUACUCCAGAUGGCUGCGGCGGGCGAGACGUCCAUGGACAAGAUUACUAUUCUGCCGGGCCACGAACCAGACUACUCGGCAUGCACGUUCUGCCUGUGGGAGGAGGACCAUACGUUGGGGAAUGCGUUGCGGUGGAUGAUCAUGAAGGACCCCGACGUCGAGUACUGCGGAUACAGCGCGCCGCACCCCUCCGAACCCAAGAUCCACAUCCGCGUGCAGAUGUAUGAUGGGCUCAGUGCUGUCGACUGUCUUCGUCGCGCGCUGGCCAACCUCCGCGACCUGUUCAACACUGUGCAGACCAAGUACGCCCAGAGCUUAAGGAACGACAACUAUGCCCGUGAGGACGACGUGGACGUGCAUGAGGUUGUCGCGGAGACGCUGCGUGAGCGUGGUCUCCCAACCGGGGACGAGAUGGACACGGCGUAG